CAGAUGUCAUAAAUAUCACUGACAUAUUUUGAAUUUUUAGCAAAAAAUUAUUACAAAAUAACAUGUGAAAUAUAUAUCUAUUAAUCACGGUAGUUAAAUCUACUAAAAUAUUUUGCCGCUUGCGAUGCAUGUUACAUUGAACAAGAAAGAUGCUCUUCCUCGUCUAAGAAAUUCUAUUUUGUCCACAAGCCACCAUACUUGUUCUGGUCGCUUCUUUUAAGUUGACGACCUUACCGAGCUCCUUUCUCAUUUCUUGAAGUUCCUCCUGAGACGGCCGCCAUGACACCUAUCUCAACUAAUUUCCUUCAAACUCUUGGGAACUCCUUCAUAUGGUUUUCUCCUGCCUUUAUACUGUUUUGGUGUUCAUGGAUGUUUGUCAAAUCCAAGACGGCACGUACUUCACCGUCGCCGCCAGGACCACGAGGGAUCCCUUUGCUAGGGAGCAUACCCUUUCUAGAUCCGGACCUGCACACCUACUUCGCUGACAUGGCUCGUACUUACGGUCCGAUUUUCAAGCUUCGUCUGGGCCUCAAAGUUGGCAUCGUUAUCACCUCUCCGGACUUGGCCCGUGAAGUUCUUAAAGAUCACGACAUCACUUUUGCCAACCGAGAUGUUCCCGCAACUGGUCGGGCCGCAACCUACGGUGGGUCGGACAUAGUGUGGACUCCAUACGGGGCUGAAUGGAGAAUGCUGAGAAAGGUGUGCGUCAUCAAGAUGCUGAGCAACACCACCUUGGACUCCGUUUACACACUCCGUCGCCGUGAGGUCCGAGAAACCACGAGGUAUAUUUACAGUCGGGCGGGGUCAGAAAUUAACAUUGGGGAGCAGAUGUUCUUGACGGUGUGGAACGUGAUUACAAGCAUGCUAUGGGGUGGGACGGUGGAAGGAAAGGAGAGGGAAGAGGUGAGCGGAGAGUUUCGGGAGGUGGUGUCGGAGAUGACGGGUUUGUUGGGGCAGCCUAAUGUUUCGGACUUUUUCUCGGGUUUGGGUCGGUUCGAUUUGCAGGGACUGGAGAAGCGGAUGUAUGGUUGUGCGAAACAGUUUGAUGGGAUAUUUGAGAUGCUUAUAAAUCAACGGCUGAGGAUUGAGAGAGAGGGUGGAAGUAAAGCAGACGAUAAGGACUUCCUGCAAUUUCUUCUGCGAUUGAAAGAUGAUGGGGAUGCGAAGCCUCCACUUUCGACCACCCAUAUUAAGGCUUUGCUCAUGGAUAUGAUAGUCGGUGGGACAGAAACAUCCUCCAACACAGUCGAGUUUGCAAUGGCAGAAAUAAUCAACAAACCAGAAAUCCUCAGAAAAGCGCAGCAAGAACUAGACACGGUUGUUGGAAGAGAAAACACCGUGGAAGAGUCUCACAUUCACAACCUACCAUAUCUAUUGGCCAUAAUGAAGGAGACAUUGAGGUUGCACCCAACUCUGCCAUUGCUAGUCCCUCAUAGCCCCAGCCAAACCUGCACUGUUGGAGGCUAUACCAUUCCAACAGGCUCCAGGGUUUUCGUAAACGUCUGGGCAAUACAGAGAGACCCUUCAAUAUGGGAAAAUCCAUUGGAAUUCAAACCUGAGAGGUUUUUGAAUGAAAAAUGGGACUUUAGUGGAAAAGAUUUUAAUUAUUUCCCCUUUGGGUCUGGCCGAAGAAUAUGUGCAGGCAUAGCAAUGGCGGAGAGGAUGGUGUUAUAUUCACUUGCCACUCUCUUACAUUCAUUUGACUGGAAAUUACCCGACGAACAGCAGUCAGCAGACCUUACAGAGAAAUUCGGGAUUGUUAUGAAGUUGAAGACUCCUCUCGCCCUCAUACCCACCCCAAGAUUAUCCGUGGAUCCGCUAUAUCAGCAGUAAUAUCCUUGUUAAUUGAGUUGUGAAUUCCGAAAGAAAGAAAUCAACAACAUUGUAGGACACGUAUCUCCUUUCAUGGGUCUCAUAAAACAACCUAUAUCUCUAAUACUGUAAGUUAAACUCUGCAUUUUCAUUCUCCAUUUCGAGCUCAUCUUUAUACGAGAAGGUCAGGGUUGUAAACCCCACCAUUUUAGGUCAAGUUAAUUGCCAACUCCAAGUAUCUAAUGGAACAUGUUUUGCUUAACAGUC